AUGUUUUCUCUGGGUCUAAAGAGAUUGGGUGUAAGCAGGCGCAGGUCAUUGCUGAGAGAUUCCGGGCAUCUUUCGGCGAAUUUGAAUGGGCCAUUCAAAAGACCACACUCCAAGAGAUGUGAAGUGAAACAUGUCGUGAGAGAGCGUCACCAGAACUACCUGAAUGACGCGGAGAUUGUGCAAGUGGAUGUGGAUGAGGAUGCGAUCAGAGGUGGUGAGGCGGGUUUUGGUGGUGGGUUUAUGGGGUCUCCCCAAUGGUUCGGUACGCCAAUACCAAAAGCUACAGGUCGAAAAGAGCCACUGGUGAUACCUUCUAUUCUUCCACUAAAAUGCUUGACCAUGUCCACCGCCUCGGCCAUCAGUCUCCAUGAGGUCAACCGUAGUCCUCCCCUCAAAACUACAUGUCCCGCCAUUGCUGAGUCUUUGAGUAAAGCUCUAUAUUCAUCUGCUUUUUUCGGUAACCUUUUUAUCUUUCUAUGCUAUCCUAUUCUGGUCUCAAGUUCCAUGACCGAACCUGCGUACCUAUUGAUUCCGAGGUCCGACAGCCACGUUGGUCCAUGUACGUCACUCAUCUGUCUGCCGGUCGUAGGUGAAGGAUUUACACGGAUUGUGUCGGGUCACUUGAACGGAUGGAUUGUUAUGUGGAUCUUCGAAAAACGCAGACCAGCCAUUCAGUGGAUUGGGCACCCAGACACUCAUGUGACUUGCCUUCACUUUUGGCCUGAUGAGAUUCUCAUCUCCCAGGGGCGGGAUGGCUACAUCCGGUUUUGGACAAUACCACCGGAAACUUAUGCUGGAAAGCUGUACGGUUCUUUACUCCUUUUUCUAAUUAUAUUUUAG